AUGUCGCAAGGGCAUGCGCCUCCUAAUUUUAUUGGCGAAAAAUUUUUUUGUGGCGCGUCAAAUUUCAAUUAUUCUUUCACUUUAGAUUCUUUUCACAACGGAAGUUUAAUGUCAAUUUCGUUACUCUUCCUUCUUCUCAUUUGGAAAAAAUAUUGGUUCUUUAAUUUGAUUUCCUUUCUAAAGAAGACCUCUUACUUUCCACUUUGGCGAAGUCUCGGUUCUUUCACGUUGUUAAAGCCAAACUUUAAAGCUGAUCUCAUUUUUAAGGUACCUUUGUUACCUUUCACUUCGGUUUUUUUCACGUUGUUAAAGCCAAACUUUAAAACUGAUCCCAUUUCUAAGGUACCUUUGUUACCUUUCACUUCGGGGUUUUCACGUUGUUAAAGCCAAACUU